GCCGGGAGACACAGCAACUUGAAAAUUUAUUAUAUCUUUCUUGAUUGACAUGUUACUAAAUUAAAAAAAAAACACAGACAUAUAUUACAAAAUGGAGUUUCAGAAAUUACAACCGACAGUUGAAACAAUUAAUGCAUGGUUCAUGCAAGAGGUAUAUUUAUGGAGAACAGUGGGAAGCGUAUUUUGGUUUUUAGCAUGUGUACCUGUAAUAACAAGUAUUUACAUACUUUUGUGUAAUAUUAGUGUUUUUCAUCCAGUCACUACAAUAGUUGAUAUGUUGUCCACACUAUUUUCUGCAUCUUUUUUACUCUGUGUUAUACCCAUAUUGACAAUCAAUGGGAUUUUGAUUACUUACUCUUCUAGACUAUUUACAGUAAUACCAGAUAUUGGAUCAACAAGAUUUGCUAAUCUUUUACGGCUGGUUGGGGUUAAACGCUUGCCACAUGUUGGUUUGUUUUCUCUAUGUGGAAUGAUUACAGUUUGGUGUUCAACUACAUUUAUUGGUAGUAAAUAUUCCUCAUUGACUCAGUCACCAGAUGGACAUAUUGUGCAAUUAAAUGAACACCACAUAUUUCUAGUAGUGUUCGGUUUAUUUGAAGGUAUCAGUUAUUAUGUUAAAUUUGAUUUGAAUCAUUUUAAUUGUCUACAAUUUCCUUUGAUACAGAGAGAGAAGUUUUUUGUAUUUAGAAGUUCUGUAUGUGGUGUGUUUUUAAGAAUGUUGAAAGAAACAAUAAGAGAAAUCAAAUAUUACUAUUUACUGUACUAUUUCUUUGGUGGAGCUAUAACAAGUUGGAUAGCUUUUAAUUUAAAUCUCCAAUAUUGUAAAGAUGAUGUACCCCUGGACACGAUAUUUGGGUUAUUAAACUUCUCAUUAUUGUGGCAAGUGGUAGUUCUGGGAAUAUAUCUAAACUUUAGUUGGAGUAUAGGUCAUCUUAUCUUCAAAAUCUAUCAGACUGAAAAAUAUGAAUUCCAUAUUGAUGCUGUUUUUGAAAAGAAAAAAAGUUUACAUGAUGCCUUAAACUGUAAUAAACAACCCUUAGUCAAGUAUUUAGGAUAUCUAGAUUUAAGUUAUUUAUCUAAAUGUUCCUAUGAAAGAAGACAACAAGUGUUUUGUUUAAGUCAACCAGGUGGCCAUCCACAUACAUGGAAUAAAAUCAGUGCUGCCUGUUUAGCUGAAUUAAAUACUCUUAACCAGCAGAUAGAAGCUGCUAAUUGGCAAGCCUAUUCAAACGUACCUGUUAAGAAAACAAGCAAUAUAUUUGAUAAAAAUUAUACUCUAGGUGAAACAUCAGAAGAUUCUAUGUUUCAUAGAACAACAAAUGAUAAUAUAUCUGUAAACAAACACAAUGGUUCAACAUUUUCUAUUGAUACAUCUACUGAAACUAAACCUAAAUCUAUUCCCUGGAAGGAUAAGCUAUGUGGAGUAAUGAGUAAAAAACCAAUAUUAGGCUAUUUUAUGGGCGAGUUACCAGAUUCUAAAACUUCUCAAUUAUUUUGUUCAUCACAAGUUCAGAUUUGGGCUGUAGAAGCGUUAUCUUACCUGAUAUCUGCAUCGUACCAUGAAGAUAAGUUUGGAAUAGUACAAAGAUCAUUACCUGUUAUCAUUUCUAGCCUUGUUAAUCUACAAGAGAAUGUUGAUAAACAUUUUAAGCUGAUUGCUCCUGCCCAGAAACGUCAUCAGAAACAAUGCAGUGUUAAUUACAGUUUGUUACGACAAGAAUUACAGGCAGUGCUCAAAUCAUCUAUACACAGAAUCAUUGAAAGAUUCGGUAAACAUUUAUGUGAUUUGCCAUUAAAGAGUGAAAGUAUAAAGAAACUUAAACCAUUUGUGGAGUUUAAAGAAUAAAAAGUAUGAAAAUAAGGAUUCAAAGAAUACAUAAGGAAAUUUAGUGUGAAAAGUUUAUCACACAUUAUCAUGAGGUGCUAAUAAAACUUUAUUUUUCUUUGACAAAGAUUCCAAGAUGAGACAAUAGAUGGAAAUCUAUUAUUAUCUGACCUUCAAGGAGUAAUCCAUAAAUAUUAAAAAAUGUGACAAUGAACGCGAAUUUAAGGAUGAUUCUUUGAAAUUGUGUAAAUUAUAACAUUCACAAUGGUAAAUGUAUAAAGGGAAUAAAUGUGAGUGUAAUGGUAUCAAUAGUGCCACUGUAAAUAUAAUAAAAAAAAAGUGCUUGCUUUAAUAAAAAACGAUACAUUCUAAAAG